AGCUUAGUGGUCUGACUUUCCCAUCAACAUGAACGCUUUUCUGAUUCUGGGGCUUCUUCUCCUUUCUGUCAUAGUCCAGGGCAAGGUCUAUGAAAGGUGUGAGUUGGCCAGAACUCUAAAAAGACUUGGAAUGGAUGGCUACCUCGGAAUCAGCCUGGCAAACUGGGUGUGUCUGGCCCAAUGGGAGAGUAGUUACAACACCAGAGCUACAAACUACAACCCUGGAGACCAAAGUACUGACUAUGGGAUAUUCCAGAUCAAUAGCCACUACUGGUGUAAUGAUGGCAAAACCCCAAGAGCAGUUAAUGCCUGUGGUAUAUCCUGCAAUGCUCUGUUGCAAGAUGACAUCUCUCAAGCCGUGACUUGCGCAAAGAGGGUUGUCCGUGACCCACAAGGCAUUAGAGCAUGGGUGGCAUGGAGAAAUCAUUGUCAAAAUCGCAACCUCUCUCAGUACAUUCAGGGCUGUGGAGUGUAA